UCGCUGUGUUCCGCCCUCUUUGAGGUCCUCUCGUUUCUUAUUUCCCAAGCUUCCACCCGUUUUAUGUUUCUGUGUUGUCACAUGUCAGUGUUGUUUCUGCUUUCCGCUUUCAAUCACGGCGUUAUAUCAUCUGUUUUAAUAAACAAUGUGGAUUGCUUUGCCUUUAAUCGCGCUAAGUUUGUCUGCACAUGUGAGCGCAAACAUUUGCCCGUGUGCGCGCGAGGACCUCUGCGAACCCAUCCGACACCAGCCGGCGUUUGAGGUGUUUGUAUUUGAUGUUGGUGGAAAGGCUUGGAAAUUCUACGACUGGACCAAAGUGACGACGGUUGCAGCUUUUGGACAGUUUGAUGCGGAGCUCAUGUGUUACGCUCAUUCCAAAGGGGCUCGGCUGGUUCUGAAAGGUGAUGUAUCACUCUCAGACAUAGUGGAUCCAGUAAACAGGACAACUUGGAUCCAAGGAAAUGUCCAGUUGGCAAAGAGUCAGUUCAUGGAUGGAAUAAACAUAGACAUUGAGCAGGCUGUGGAGGCGGAGUCUCCGCAGUACUAUGCUUUGACAGCCCUUGUAAAGGAGACCACCGUGAGUUUCCACAAAGAGAUCCCAGGCUCUCAGGUGUCAUUUGAUGUGGCGUGGUCACCCAAAUGCAUAGAUAAACGCUGCUAUGACUACGUUGCCAUCGCCGAUUCAUGCGACCUCUUGUUUGUGAUGUCGUACGAUGAACAAAGCCAGAUCUGGGGCGAUUGUAUUGCCUUGGCAAAUGCGCCGUUCAAUCAAACAUUGACAGCCUAUGAUCAAUACAUUAGCAUGAAAAUAGAUCCAAAGAAACUUGUGAUGGGUUUACCAUGGUACGGUUAUGACUACACCUGCCUAAAUUUCUCAAAGGAUGGAGUAUGUUCAAUUCCUAAAGUGCCGUUUAGAGGAGCUCCGUGUAGCGACGCGUCCGGCAGACAGAUUCCCUACAGAAUCAUGAUGAAACAGAUCAACAGCUCAAUGUCAGGCAGACUGUGGGAUGACAACCAGCGAGCGCCUUACUAUAACUACAAGGACACAGAAGGUAGGGUUCAUCAAGUGUGGUACGAUGACCCAGAAAGCAUUGCCCUGAAAGCUGCCUAUGUAGCACAGCACGGUCUGAAAGGAAUCGGUAUGUGGAACGGGAAUCUCCUGGACUACAGUGCAGAUCCGAUCGCCCAGCAACAGACGUCAGACAUGUGGAACGCCCUGACACCCAGUUCACACAGAAAGACUGCUGCUGUCUCCUAGAGUCAUUCAAGUUACUAUUGCUUCAAGUCAAUAUACACGUUUGUCUCAGGGCUGACAGAGGAUGUGUAGUCCUCUCUUAAACAUGUCAGGUUGAUUUCUUUUUUAUAGUUUUUUUAACAGACAACACUGAAUAAAUGGAACAUUUAAUGAUAGCAAACCUAAUAGAACGUUUUGUAUUUUCACUUAAUUUCAGUAAGUUUGAAUAAAACCUUUUUGAUUUAUUAAGUGUAAUCACUUGCAUGGCCAUAAUUUCCCAUUAAAUACUACACAUCUUAAUUUUACAUAAACACAAUAGUAGUCAGGUUUUAUUUAUUAUGUGCACACUUUACACAAGGUGAACCUCAUUGAAAAUCUUAAAACGAAGGUUGUGCACAUUGUAGUCUUUAUAAACAAUAAUAGAAUCAACAGUUUAUCAGUCACAUGACAAAACGUAAAGGUGCAGUAAGGGUUUUUCCACUGAGGAGGCAGCAGCCGCUCAACUAGAAUGUGAAAAUAAUCACGAUUCUGGUAAUAAAAAAUCAUUUGCUGAACAAGCAGGUUAACUUUCAGAAAGUUUCUCCUGCAUGAAGCUGGAAUGGCUGUUUAUGGGUCAAUUACGUAUUACGACCACUUAUGUGGUGCGACCAACUGUUACUACUAAGAUUAUUACUUACCAGAACUAAGAGAUGCAAAUACUUAGUUUCUAAACACUGGGGUGGUUUCCCGGACAGGGCUUAAAUCUAGUCCCAGACUAACUAAAAUGUUAGAGGUGUCUUGAUCGACAACAACUUACACUGACAUGUCUUAAAAUAUUUCAGUACGGUGGUUUUGUCUUAAGAUGCACACCAGUGAGGUUUUUUGUGAAGUAUGUUUUUAAAAACGAUUUAAAUAUCCCAAUUUAACUAAGGCCUUAACCUAAUCCCUGUCCAGGAAACCGCCCCUAUAACUACCAAAGAUUUGUAAAAAAAAAUGUUAAGCAUGUCAAGGAAAUGAUUUAAUUUGAAGAUAAAUCUCGGUCGCACCACAUUACAUUUUUUAAGGCUAUGGCCGAUGCAUUGAUGAAAAACACUAAAAUAAAAAAAUAGUUUAAAAUUUUCAUCUGCAUUUAUGUGUACACCACAUUCUUAAUGUUUGAAUAACUGCAAUAGAUAUAUAUUUUUUUUCUUUUAUAUUUAAAAUUGGCAUGUUGAAAAUCCUUAUAGGUCAUUGACCCAUAUGAGUGGUUUGAAGCUGCAUUUUAGAUCAUUUAAAAAAUAAAAAAAAA